AAGGGGGCGUGGCCUAGAAGGUAAACUUCAAUGGUGGAACUCGUGGGAAAGUUUUAGGUUGGAGGUGGCAGCUGUUUGCGAAGCGCGGCAGCGUAGCGUACACGUUUAUAUCGGUAAUACCGUUCUGAAUCAACAAGCUCCGUGGUAAUCGCUCAUAAGGAAAACUUGAAAAUGCCGGCUGCAUGUGAAUCUUUAGUGGAUGACAUUGAAGACAUGGUCUCUGCAAAUGAUCCAAAGCCCCACGAUCGGCAAUCUGCAAGACAAAAUAUCGUUCCUAGAGUACGAAAGAGGAACAAGAACCAGGUUUCAGAGGAGCAGCCCCCCAGUGACAGCACCAUUCCAGGCACUCAGAAGAUAUGGGUCCGCACGUGGGGCUGCUCGCACAAUAACUCUGAUGGUGAAUAUAUGGCAGGGCAGCUGGCUGCAUAUGGCUACAGUAUCACAGAGAACCCAGAGCAGGCGGAUUUGUGGCUACUGAACAGUUGUACUGUGAAAAGCCCAGCAGAGGACCACUUCAGAAACUCCAUCAAGAAGGCACAAGAACAUGAUAAAAAAGUGGUCCUGGCAGGAUGUGUCCCUCAAGCUCAGCCACGUCAGGAGUACAUGAAAGGCCUGAGCAUCAUUGGGGUACAGCAGAUAGAUCGUGUGGUUGAAGUUGUAGAAGAAACUAUUAAAGGUCACUCUGUGCGACUGCUGGGUCAGAAAAAGGAUAAUGGAAAACGGUUGGGGGGAGCUCGAUUGGAUUUACCAAAGAUUAGGAAGAACCCACUGAUAGAAAUCAUUUCCAUCAAUACAGGGUGUCUAAAUGCGUGUACUUACUGCAAAACCAAGCACGCCAGGGGAGAGCUAGCAAGUUACCCCAUAGAAGAGCUGGUUGGCCGAGCGGAGCAGUCUUUUCAAGAGGGUGUCUGUGAGAUCUGGCUGACCAGUGAAGACACUGGAGCUUAUGGAAGAGACAUUGGCACAGACCUCCCCACACUGCUGUGGAAGCUGGUUGAGGUUAUCCCUGAGGGCGCUAUGCUGAGGCUUGGCAUGACCAACCCUCCUUAUAUAUUAGAGCACCUGGAGGAAAUGGCCAAGAUCCUGAACCAUCCACGAGUGUAUGCCUUCCUCCACAUUCCGGUGCAGUCGGCCUCAGACAGCGUGCUCAUGGACAUGAAGAGAGAAUACUGCAUAGCAGACUUCAAACGGGUGGUGGAUUUUUUGAAAGAGAGAGUGCCCGGAAUUACAAUCGCUACGGACAUCAUCUGUGGCUUUCCUGGAGAGACGGAUGAAGAUUUUAAGGAGACGUUAAAACUGGUUGAGGAAUACAGAUUCCCAAGUCUAUUCAUUAAUCAGUUUUACCCACGCCCGGGGACUCCAGCUGCUAAAAUGGCACAAGUUCCAGCCCACGUGAAAAAGCAACGAACAAAGGAACUGUCACAACUGUUUCAUUCCUACAACCCUUACGAUCACAAGAUCGGCCAGAAGCAGCAGGUGUUGGUAACAGAAGAAUCCUUUGAUUCCCAGUAUUUUGUUGCUCACAAUCGUUUCUAUGAACAGGUCCUUGUUCCCAAAGAUCCAGAGUUCAUGGGGAAAAUGGUGGAAGUGCAUAUUUUUGAAGCAGGCAAGCAUUUUAUGAAGGGGCAACCAGUAUCCGAUUCCAUAGUCUACACCCCAUCCAUCAGUGAACCUUUAGCCAAAGGAGAGGUUUCUGGUUUAACAGAGGAGUUCAAGGCGCUGGUAAACAAUAGCUCCAAUUCAACAGCUGAAAUCUCUACCACCUAUGAAAAGACCUCACGGCUGAAGACAAGUGGACACACAACAGAGAACCUGAAAUGGCUCCACUUUAUCAUUGCAUUGUUGGUGGUAGUUAUUGCCUUUUUAUUGGCAAAGUUAUUGUAAGAUAAAAAGCAAGUGAGGUUUUUGGUAACAUAAAA